AUGGCCUCCCGGUAUGUGGCAGUGGGAAUGAUCUUCUUAUCACAGACCGUGGUGGGAGUCCUGGGGAGCUUCUCUCUUCCUCUCCAUUAUCUCUCCCUUUACUGCACUGGGUGCAGGUUAAGGUCCACAGAUUUGAUUGUUAAGCACCUGAUUGUAGCCAACUUCUUAGCUCUCCUCUGUAAAGGAGUCCCCCAGACAAUGGCAGCUUUUGGGGUUAGAUAUUUUCUCAGUGCUAUUGGGUGCAAACUUGUUUUCUAUCUCCAUAGAGUGGGCAGGGGAGUGUCCAUUGGCACCACCUGCCUCUUGAGUGUCUUCCAGGUGAUCACGGUCAGCUCCAGGAAAUCCAGGUGGGCAAAACUCAAAGAGAAAGCCCCCAAGCAUGUUGGCUUUUCUGUUCUCCCGUGCUGGAUCGUGUGCAUGUUGGUAAACAUCAUCUUUCCCACGUAUGUGACUGGCAAACGGAACUACACAAACAUCACAGUGAACAAGGAUUUGGGAUACUGUUCUGGGGGAGGCAACAACAAAAUCGCACAGACACUGCGUGCAAUGUUGUUAUCAUUCCCUGAUGUGUUGUGUCUGGGGCUCAUGCUCUGGGCCAGAAGCUCCAUGGUUUGCAUCCUGCACAGGCACAAGCAGCGGGUCCAGCACAUUGAUAGGAGCAAUCUCUCCCCCAGAGCCUCCCCAGAGAACAGAGCUACGCAGAGCAUCCUCAUCCUGGUGAGCACCUUUGUGUCUUCUUACACUCUCUCCUGCCUUUUCCAAGCGAUGGCUCUCUUGGAUAAUCCCAAUAGUUUACUGGUGAACACUUCAGCCUUAAUGAGUGUAUGCUUCCCAACUCUCAGCCCCUUUGUUCUCAUGAGCUGUGACCCCAGGGUAUACAGGCUUUGCUUUGCUUGGAAAAGAUGA